UCACGCCCCAAGCAGGAAGUGCAGAGAGUACAGCAGCAGAGAAGCUGUUAGCCGCUAGUGGAAGAUAUGAUGUUUUGAACGUGGCAUCAAAUGGAAACGGAUUUAUCAUUCAUUUAAUCAUCCGAUGUGUAAACGCAUCUGUUUCGGAGAUUGUCACCCGUUCCUUGUGCCGAACGCGCCAAAACAGCGGCAUCAUGGAGCACAUCCGCACGCCAAAGGUAGAACAGGUGAAGCUGCUGGAUCGCUUUAACAACAAAUCCACUACAGGAACCCUGCAUCUGACAGCCACACAUCUGAUCUUUGCGGAGAGUAAUUCAACCAGUGCCCAAGAGAUAUGGAUUUUGCAUCAUCACAUUGCCUCAGUGGAGAAGCUGUCCCUCACGACAAAUGGCUGCCCGCUCCUCAUUCAGUGUCGUAAUUUUCGGGUUGUACACUUCGUCUUUCCACGAGAGCGCGACUGCCAUGAUGUUUACAGCUCUCUGCUUAAGCUGCUUAGACCAGUGUCCUUUGAUGAUCUCUACGCAUUCUCAUACAACCCAAAGCAAAAUGACCAACAGAGAGAGGAUGGGUGGCAGCUUAUAGACCUCGGUGCUGAGUUUGAACGAAUGGGUGUGCCAUGUGACCAAUGGCAGCUGACAGAUGUUAACAGGGAUUACAAGGUGUGUAAGACAUAUCCCAGAGAUUUAUAUGUACCCGUUACUGCCAGUAAACCCAUCAUUGUCGGAAGCUCAAAGUUCAGAAGCAAAGGCCGCUUUCCCGUUCUCACGUAUUUCUACCAGGAGAAAAAGGCGGCAGUGUGUCGGUGCAGUCAGCCUCUUUCCGGCUUCAGCGCUCGCUGUUUGGAAGAUGAGCACAUGAUUCAGGCUAUCAGUAAGGCCAAUCACAACAAUCGAUGCAUCUAUGUGAUGGACACGCGGCCUAAGCUGAAUGCGCUGGCGAAUCGUGCAGCGGGGAAAGGCUACGAGAAUGAGGACAACUACUCGAAUAUCCGCUUCCAGUUUGUCGGCAUUGAGAACAUCCAUGUGAUGAGAGGAAGUUUGCAGAAACUCCUGGAAGUGAUAGGAACACGAUCCCUUUCCAUGACUGAUUACCUGGUCGGAUUGGAAAACAGCGGAUGGUUGCGUCACAUCAAAGCCAUUAUGGAUGCCGCCAUAUUUCUCUCCAAGGCCGUGACUGUAGAGGGCGCCAGCAUUCUAGUGCACUGCUCGGACGGAUGGGACCGCACGGCUCAAGUCUGCGCUCUGGGCUCUCUGUUGAUGGAUCCUUACUACCGCACCAUUAAAGGCUUUAUGGUACUUAUUGAGAAAGACUGGAUCUCUUUUGGACACAAGUUUGCAGACAGGUGCGAUCAGUUAUAUAGUGACUCUAAAGAAGUGUCGCCCAUCUUCACCCAGUUUUUGGAGUGCGUGUGGCAGCUAACCGAGCAGUUUCCUCAGGCCUUCGAGUUCAGCGAGUGGUUCCUCAUUCAGAUCCACGAGCACGUGCACUCCUGCCAGUUCGGGAAUUUUCUCGGGAAUAGCCAGCGACAGAGAGAGGACCUUCAGAUAAAGGAAAGAUCAUAUUCUCUUUGGGCUCACCUGCUGAGUGAGAAACAGAAUUACCUGAACCCCGUGUACUGCCCGAGCUUUGCCGAAUCGCACCCGGUUUUGGAGCCGUCCACCCAAGCCUACCACUUCAAGUUUUGGAGAAACUUGUACCACCAGUAUGACCGUUCCAUGCACCCUCGACAGUCCAUUCUCAAACAAGUCCUCACGUUGAAAGAAAGCAACCGAGAGCUUGAGGGGACGGUGGAAGCCCUGAAGGCUAAGUUGCAGAAGUUUGGAGUGAGCACCUCUCCACUAAAGACCCAGAUGCCUCCAAAAGAGCGCAGUCUCCCUCCCCGACCUCAAUCUCUUAUCUUGGGAGCUCCUCUUCUCAGCAGGAAGGAGGUGCAACGGGAGGAAGAUGAGGAGGUGAUUGCGGAGGAGGCCAGGGAGGAGAUCUCGGCAAGCACUGAUGAAAAACGGACUGUAGAUGGCAGCAGUGCUACAGAGAACGGGUACGGGGAGCUGCCAGGAUCGUUUGGUUCCAAAAGCGAGCCGGCAGUUGUUACCUUGGAGUUCGGAGUGGCCAGGAUGACCUGCUAAGGACUUUGUUAAAAGCUUUGGAAAAUUAAGGAAUCUUUAAAGACAUUUGUAUAGUCAUUUGUGAGAAAGGUGAAGUAUGUUUGCCUUUUGUUUUUUUCUGUGUGAUGGGACUGCACUUGCUGUGAUCUCUACAUGUACGAUUAUAGCUAAAGAGGAAAAAGGAAUCGAGAGGUGGAUCCUUUCAUGUAAAUUCAUUGUUAUAUCUGUCCAUUCAAAUGUUAUAUCAGUCAUCAUUUACAUUUAGCUUGUCGCUCAUUUUUUUAAAGAUGUUAAUAGCACUUGAAAGAAAAGAUUAAACUAAGAGAAGAAGGA